AUGUUGGUACCGACGGCGAAUAAGUAUAAGAUAAAGAGGCGCUUGCUUGAGAAGAAGGCGCUUCUGCUUGAAGACACUGUCCUUGGGAACCACAGAGACCUCGAGAUUCCCAACCUACAUCUGAAGAUAUUCAUGAAGACCAUGAUUUCCUACGGGUAUGUCCAAAGGAUUCAUGUAUGGAGACACUCAUACUUUCUCCUGACACCCCUUGGGGAGUCCAGGCUGAGGGAGGAGCUGGUCUUUACCGACGAGGGUGUUGCCAGCCAGGAGGCACCGGCUGUAUCUGCCUGA